AUAAACAAGCCCAUUUAUGUAAACCACGAAAUCCCUAUAUAUAAAGAUUGAGGUUUUAGGGUUCUUGCUCUCUCCCUCUGCCCUACUUUCGAUUGGCUUUGCAGGUUUUCUGUUCCCUCUUUCGCCGGCUCCUUUCUUUGUUUUGUCAAGAUGGUUCUUCAAAACGAUAUUGAUUUGCUGAAUCCUCCUGCUGAGCUAGAGAAGAGGAAGCACAAGCUCAAGCGUCUUGUGCAAUCACCCAACUCCUUCUUCAUGGACGUCAAAUGCCAAGGAUGCUUCAACAUUACCACUGUCUUCAGCCACUCUCAAACUGUUGUUGUAUGCGGUAACUGCCAGACGGUUUUAUGCCAGCCAACGGGAGGACGUGCUAGACUCACUGAGGGGUGUUCUUUCAGGAGAAAGGGUGAUUGAUGAUGCGGUUCCUUGUUUUGAUCAUGGGUAUAUUUAUUUUUCUUGUACGGUAUCAGACUCGAUUAUGCUGUCUCUCCUAAAUAGAUUAUAUUUGGCUUUAGAGUUGUCUGGUUUUGUUUCAAAGAUGAAUUUUCCUGUACUGAACUUUUAGCUGCAUUUAGUAAAGCUUAACUUUCUUUUAACUA